AUGAUUUUGUCUUCCAGAAUGAUUGAAGAUUGUGGGAAAAGAGGAAAUACCAUGGCAGAAAGAAGGCAGCUGUUUGCAGAAAUGCGGGCUCAGGAUCUGGAUCGCAUCCGUUUGUCCACCUACCGAACGGCGUGCAAGCUUAGAUUUGUUCAGAAGAAAUGCAACUUGCACCUGGUGGACAUCUGGAAUGUGAUAGAAGCCUUGCGGGAGAACGCCCUGAACAACCUGGACCCCAGCAUCGAACUGAACGUGGCUCGCCUGGAAGCUGUGAUUUCAACCAUCUUCUACCAGCUCAACAAACGGAUGCCAACCACCCAUCAGAUCAACGUGGAGCAGUCCAUCAGCUUGCUGCUCAACUUCCUGCUCGCAGCCUUUGAUCCGGAAGGACAUGGUAAAAUUUCUGUUUUUGCUGUCAAAAUGGCCUUGGCAACUCUUUGUGGAGGAAAAAUCAUGGACAAAUUAAGAUAUAUUUUCUCCAUGAUUUCUGACUCCAGCGGGGUGAUGGUUUAUGGCAGGUACGACAUGUUUCUGCGCGAGGUUCUCAAGCUGCCCACCGCUGUCUUCGAGGGGCCUUCAUUUGGUUACACUGAGCAGUCAGCAAAAUCCUGUUUCUCACAACAGAAAAAAGUCACAUUAAACACUUUCUUGGAUACUCUCAUGUCUGAUCCCCCACCACAGUGUCUAGUGUGGUUACCACUUCUGCAUCGACUGGCAAAUGUUGAAAAUGUCUUCCACCCUGUCGAGUGUUCCUACUGCCACAGCGAGAGCAUGAUGGGGUUUCGCUACCGCUGCCAGCAGUGUCACAAUUACCAGCUCUGUCAGGACUGCUUCUGGAGGGGCCAUGCCAGCGGUUCCCACAGCAACCAGCACCAAAUGAAAGAGUACACGUCAUGGAAAUCACCUGCUAAGAAGCUAACUAAUGCACUUAGCAAGUCUUUAAGCUGUGCUUCCAGCCGUGAACCUUUGCACCCAAUGUUCCCUGACCAGCCUGAAAAACCUCUAAACCUGGCUCAUAUUGUAGAUACUUGGCCCCCCCGACCUGUAACCAGCAUGAAUGACACACUCUUCUCCCAUUCUGUUCCCUCAGGAAGUCCCUUUGCAAACAGAAGGUUACUUGGGGGUAUAAAUGCAGCCAGUCCUGUGGCUGAUGAGCAUUCUCUUAUAAAGCUGUAUGUAAAUCAGCUUCACAACAAUUCACGCUCUCCUUCCAAGAAUACUGAAGUAGAGCAGAGCAAACUUCUGGCUAGGGCUGCUCCAGCUUUCUUGAAAGGCAAAGGGUUACAGUACAGCCUCGAUGUUGCAGACAGGCUGGCUGAUGAACAUGUGCUCAUCGGGGUGUAUGUCAACAUGCUACAGAGCAACCCCGCACGCGUCCUUGACAGUGCAAGUCGCCUGGAUGAAGAACACAAGUUGAUCGCCAGGUAUGCAGCAAGGCUGGCAGCAGAAACUUCUUCAUCAGUAAGUCCAAGUCAGCAGAGAGGGGCAUCAGAUAUCUCCUUCACCAUUGAUGCAAACAAGCAACAAAGGCAGCUGAUUGCAGAGCUUGAAAAUAAAAACCGAGAAAUCCUACAGGAGAUCCAGAGGCUGCGACUUGAGCAUGAGCAAGCAUCUCAGCCCACACCAGAGAAGGCCCAACAAAAUCCCACUCUCCUUGCAGAGCUCCGGCUCCUGAGACAGCGGAAGGAUGAGCUGGAACAGAGGAUGUCUGCUCUCCAGGAAAGCCGGAGGGAGCUCAUGGUUCAGUUAGAAGGUCUCAUGAAACUGCUGAAGGAAGAAGAAUUGAAACAGGUAACGCAGGGGGCAGGCUCCCCACGUUCCUCACCCAGCCACACCAUCAGCCGACCUAUUCCCAUGCCCAUCAGGUCUGCCUCUGCCUGCUCCACCCCGACCCACGCACCUCAGGACUCUCUGACCGGGGUGGGAGGAGAUGUGCAGGAAGCCUUUGCACAAAGUGCAAGACGAAACUUAAGAAAUGAUUUGCUGGUGGCAGCAGAUUCAAUCACCAACACCAUGUCUUCUUUGGUAAAAGAACUAAAUUCUGAAGUGGGCAGCGAGACAGAGAGCAAUGUGGAUUCUGAGUUUGGCCGGACUCAUUUUGAUGACCUGGUUCCCUCCCCGACGUCUGAGAAGGCUUUCCUGGCGCAGAUCCAUGCCCGGAAGCCGGGAUACAUCCACAGCGCUGCUGCCACCGGCUCCAUCCGCAGUGACAUGGUUACAGAAGAUGGAGAUCCUUAUGUCAGAGCAGAUGAUGAAAAUUACGAGAACGACUCUGUCCGCCAGCUGGAGAAUGAACUGAAAAUGGAGGAGUACCUGAAGCAGAAGCUGCAGGAUGAGGCGUACCAGGGAAGCUGCAGUCAGACAGACAAUGAAAGCUACGUAAGAACUGAUGAUGAGGAGAGCUGCUUUCGGACAGACGAUGAAGAAAACUCAGCUGCAAACUUCACAGAAGAGUGGAACCAAGAGGUUCAGCGACUCUUGACAAAAAAAUCACAUAACUAA